CCCAAAUGUCUCCAUCUCAGUCCUUCCAGGAUCCACGCUUGGAUUGCCACCUUGCUGUUUACCAUGGCACCAUAGACCAGAAGGCUCCAGGCUUUCUGGCAUUCAAAGAACAUUACAGUUUAUCCUGGGGCAGCAUUGUCAUUUUUUUGGAACAUGCAGAAAAGCUUCUCAAGGAUUAUGCUGUACCAUUGGCUACCAUAAACUGUAAAAAGCUGGCGGAAGUGGCAUCAGGCUUUCAGCUGAAUGAGAAUCCCACCAAAAGUGACAUUCUGUCAGUGAUAAAGAAUCAAUCAGCUGUGGAAAAGAUCUUAAAUCGACCUGGCCAGAGAUACAAAGGCCAAGGGGGGACUGAAAUGGCUGCUCUGAAGAUCCAAGCGGCGUGGAGGUGCCACCAGGCCAGAGGAGCCUCCAUCCCCUGCAGGCAGCAGCACUGGGCAGCAGGUGUGAUCUCCAGCUCUUGGCUCCUGCAUCACCACAUGGCACGUGUGAAAAAGACCCUGAAGGAAGCACGUCAGAGACACCUGGAGAAUUUUUACAUCAGGGCCAAGCAUCUGGCAGCCAACUGGAAUCGCAUCAGGACCUCCAGGAGGACUAUUAUCCAUAUCCCAUCAUUAGGAUAUUCCCAAUGCACCCGUGAGCAUAUUCCUGAUCUUGCUCUCCAACAGAAUAUGCAGAUGGGAAGGCUGUGUGACAUACGGGAUGCCAACGUGGACGUCAUCUACAUCUGCCCCCUUCAUCUGAGUGAGGAGUUACUGCAGUAUUACAAUAAACUCCUGGGUCUGCAGGCAGCUGUUAGAUCUGGGAACCCUGAGGACAUGGGUGACCUGCAGGACAGGUUCAAAAUUCUCACCCCUGAAGCUAUAAACAGCUUCCCUAUGAUCAAGGUUCUCAGCCAGCUCAUCAUCGACCACAUGGAAGUGAAGCGUUGGGUGUUCAAGGUGAACGAGGACUCUGGAGGAAAUGGCACUGCCUACUGUGACAUUCUGGCACAUCUGAAGUGCUACCAGUGGGUUCAAAAGGAACAUCAGAGAUACAGCCCUGAGAUCUGGAGCCAGAAGUGGGCCCAUGAGCCAGCUUUGGUGAAGAUCUCCCAGGAGCUGCCAGGCCUUUUAGCACAGCACGUACAGCCAGUCAAUGAGAAACGAUUCCCUACAUGGGAAAAAUUCCUCCAAACAUUUCUCAGUCAAGGUGGUGUGAUAGAAGCCUUCCCACCCUCAGACACUGUCACCAACCUUACAGUGGAUUUGCUGAUAGAGCCAACAGGAGAGAUCAAAAUCCUGUCCUCAGGAGACCAGCUCCAUGCUGAUGGGCCUUUGAGAUCCUCUGGCACUACCAUCCCACAACGUUCUGUGGAGCCAGCACUUCUCACCUCACUCUGCUUCAGAAUUGGGGAAAGCUGUCAAUCUAAAGGGGUGCUUGGAUUCUUCUCAGUGGAUUUUGUGACUUUCAUCCAUCCCCAGACUCUGGAGCAGCAGGUAUGGGCAACAGACCUUGACCUUUGCUACAGUGACCAGCUGGCCUUGACUCAGCUCCUCUUGUACCUGACAGAUGGAAAUCUGGAUUGUCGCUCCGGCCGCCUUGAAGUGUCUCUGGGUUCAGAGAAAAUGCUGAGCACACCUACUCAGCCCGAGGAGCUUUCCCUGAUGAGCAACCGGUGUGCAGUAGCAAGCAGUCAACUGAGGCACUCCAGCCUUUCACUCAUCUACUAUAAUGUUCUCCUCCAGAUGUGUAAAGCUCAUGGUGUUGGAUUUGACCUCCAGAACAAUCGGAGAGGAUCUCCAGGGGGUCCUCCUGACCUUUGCUCGCAGUCUCUUCAUCAUCCAUCAAGAAAUAUCAGCACCUAAUAUGCAAGGCGAGACCAAUUUUAAGAUGGCAAUUCAAGAUAUUGAAGCAAUUCUAGGAAUUACAGCAGAAAACAAAUUGAAAUUGGAAG